GCAAAUUUGUUGAUAUUAUGAACAACAUGUUUUCUCGUCUACACUUUUGGUUUGUUUUUGUGUUCUUACUCUUAUCAAGUCAGAAAAACGGCGUCGAUACUUCAGGGGCUGUUCAAAGUGAGUUUGGGUCGUUUCAGUAUAUAGGAGUUACUGAAGAGUCACCAGCCUUACCUCCCACAAACGAUAAGCUAGUAUCGGGAAACCCCAUUAACAGUCAGAACAACCAACAACCUUCAAGUUGUCACGGUUGUCGAUCUCUUACGGAAAUUAUGGACCCAACCUGCUUUGACAUUACGUUGACAGAUCUAGACAGCAAACCAGCAUGGAAUAUCACUUUUCAAGUGAAGCAACAUACUAUCUUGAACAGGGUUGUACCAGACUCUUGUUUGGACAGCCACGAGUGUACGGUUUGCUUGAAUGCUACGGAAUUGUAUGAUAUGAUGAACGCUAUACCGGAGAUCCAACCGUUUGCUAGCACUGUUUUUCCUCCCAACGGUGCGAAACCACAACCAGGGGAUCCUGCUCCUCCUCCCUCAGUGUACUCCAUGUGUCUAGUUAUGUCGAGCAGAUUUGGAAUGCGAGAGGCACGGAGCGCUAUUCUGAAACCUCGCAUUAUGUGUUUUCCUGGUUGUAUUUAUGGCCAAGAAGCACCACUGGGAGACAUGCUUUUGAAACCUGAAGUUGGCUGCAAGUUGUUUGAUGAAUAGUUAUGGUCCAAACUGAAGAGUUGUAUUUUUUUGAUGUGUUUUCACUCUUGUCGUAAAACUUUACUCACUUAAUCGUCUUUGUCCAAAGCUAGAGUUUUCUUCAUAUAAAGGUGGGAUGGUACAG